GCAUCAUUCUUGUCUUGCUUACGAUGAGUACAUGUUAACAUUUCGUUUUGAACAAUAUUAACUCAUAUUAAAUCAAAGUUGGUUAGAAAUGAUUUAUUAUGCAUUGCAGUGGGUAAAUUUUGUAUUUGCUCUGCUUUUGAAACGUUCCGUGUAAUAAUAUACUAAAUUAUGUAAAUAUUAAUGAAUCGUGUUUAGAUGCUGAUAAUGGUAAAAUAAACAAGUUUUAAUAAUAGUGGGAACAUUUUAGCAUAACCAUAUAGAUUUUCAACAGUUAAUGAGUAUUUUCACAUGCAAUAUAGGACGACGAAGAUGGCUUUGCGUUUUUCUCUUCUGAUAAAUAUAUUGCUGUGCGCUAAGCUGGUUAGAAGUUUAUAUAAUAAUGAGAGUCAAUUCGACAUACAAAACGAAAUUGUUGAGGAUUUUAAAAGACUAUGCCCUUAUACAAAUACAUGUUUGAGCAGAGCACGUGAAAACUUGACGGAGCAAAGUGGUGGUUUAGUCGCGUGUUGUCGCCAGUGUAGCUGUGACGUCAAUUGCGGCACCGCGUGCUGUCCAGACAGACCAGAGAGGUUUUUAAAUGACAGCGAAGUGAAUGAACUGAAAAGUAUUCCUGAACAAUGUGUGCUUGCUCAGGUACGAGAAUUUGACUCUACAAAACUAAACGGGAAGUCGUUUAAAAUGAUCGGCCAGUGCCCGGAAAAUUACUCAAAUGAAAAUGUGAGAGAAAAAUGCUCGCAACACUACCAUGAUUUUGAUUUUGAGAAAGGUGACUUUAAAACUCUGAUGCCAGUUUCAGUUGAAACAGUUAAUGUGACCUUUAGAAAUUAUUUCUGCGCUGUUUGUCAUAAUGCUUUAAACACAAAGCUUCAAUUCUGGAACACAAAGGCAAUAUGCAAAAAUAAGAGGAAAUUGGGCCUAACGACUUUAUCCGAAAUUCCAUCGAAACUUUCAGAAGAACCGUUUUGUCAAGUUAUAUUUGAACCUUCGUUUUCAGUUUCGAGAAUUGGCGUAGAAGUUUGUGAGAUAGAGAGAUGUAACACAACUGGGAGAUGGAAACAAUAUGACCGUAGUCUAGAGAUUGCAUGUCUGUCAUAUACGUCACAGUAUAAUGGCUAUAAGAACAUACACUGCUUCUUUUGUAAUGGACAUACGAUCCAAGAAGCAACCACUUCGUGUUCACCUGAUCGUUCUAUGGUGGAAGAUGAAGAUUCUUUCGUUGAUCUGUUAGACUUUUACGGUUUGAUCAGCUCUGCGUUACACCAACAAGAAACAACUUGUUCCGGGACUUCAGUAUAUGACUCAGUUCAGGAAGAAUGUAGGCAGCUGUUUUGUGCGACCGGCUUUAUGCUGAUUGGGAACAAAUGUAUCCUACAGUACUCGGACAAGGUCUAUCUUGAUCACAGCAUUGUAUUCAAUCUCCGAAUUAGCUUAAUACCGUCGUAUAUUGCACGAAAUGGAGAUUUUGAACUUUUAAUGCAAAUCAUGAAAUCGUUUUAUAAUGAUUUAAGAUCAAACCUGGACUUUAUCCAAACAGCAGACGAUGCCAAAUUAUGUGCCAUGAACGCUUAUUUGAAAUUGAACGAUAGUCUUGAAGAAGUAAUAAUGUCUAUGAAACUUCACAAGCUUGCUGAUUUUGUACAGUUCAUCUCACAUAUUUCUUUACAAGUUGAUUUGAGCAUCAAAGGAAUAGCCAAUAUUUCUAAAGUCGUAGAAGAGCUGGCAAUGCUGUAUACAUCAAACGACUUCCACGGACAAUAUCAUAUUCAAUACCCAAUAGAUGAUAAAGAACUGCCAACAAAACUCAACAUCAGUUUAAGAGACGAAUAUAUCAAGUAUUUAGAUGAUAUCAAUAUACAGCCUUUGCAAUACAUAAUGCUUUUAAAUGGUAUGAGUGACGUUGAUGAUGGAUUAGGUAUUUUAUGGUUUGAGGGUGAAGAUCUCUCACCAAUGCAAAGCUGCGAGUCCGCUGUUAGUGUUCAACAUAAUCCGUUUUGUCCAAGAUUAGAACUUGACCACAGACAAUUCGUAAUAGAUAUCGUAAACAAACGGUUAACAAGUGUUCGAUAUAGCGAAUAUCUACCUGAGUCCCCACGUUAUAUCACAUUUACCAUGAUGCUGACAACCGGAAACGGUGUCAGUGUGAUUGUUUGUGCUGACGAGUACUUUAACCAGUUAUACACGAUGAAAGAAAAAUAUUCAGUUGAUGACGAAUUUGAAGUGUUGUCAGUUAUUUGCCUCGGUUGUUCUGCGCUAUCACUUGCGCUGACAUUUGUUAUUUAUUGUAUUCUCCCGAAUUUAAGAACUCUUCCAGGAUUGAAUACAAUGUCUCUCGUAUUACACCUUUUCUUUGCACACACUUUAAUGUUUGUUACUAGUACGUUUGACGUCACACUCUCGCGGCUGUGUUCUAUUAUUGCAGUCAUUAUACAUUAUAAUCUUCUGGCAAGUUUCUUUUGGAUGUUUAUCUGCACCUUCCACAUGUUAAAAGUUUUUAUAAAGAUAAAUGAAAAAAAUUCUUUUGCACAUACUAAAAGCAUAUUUGUCAAGUAUCUUGUAUUCACAGAGACUACUUCAGUCAUUUUCAUCAUAUGCAACAUCAUUGUUGCCAUUGUGGUAUUUGAUGAUUCGGCAGACUUCGGCUAUGGUGGUUCAUUAUGCUUUCUGAAAUAUGAUUAUCUAGAUCUAUUAGUUUAUUUUUUUGUCGCCCCGCUAUUUUGUGUUCUGCUUGCUAAUAUAGGAAUGUUUUCUUACGUCAUGUGGCGCGUGGUCCGUCUGCCUGAUAUGUCGGAUUGCAGCAACAAAGAGCGGCAUACUGUUCUUAUUUUUGCGAAAUUAUCUUCUCUAACAGGCAUCACUUGGAUUUUAGGUUUCUUUCCGGAACCCAUGAUAAUUAAAUAUGCCUUUAUGAUAUUUAGCGGUGGACAAGGUGUUUUUAUCAUGUUGUCAUUCGUUCUUAACAAGCGCGUUUUCAAUAUGCUGCGUUCACAUUUCAAGAAAACAAAACAAGAGGUUAAUAUAAAUGACGUCAAAACUCGUACAGUUUCUCUUACCGUUUCUAAUGGUAACGGGAAGAUAGUCCACACCGGAUGAAAUAUUCAUGAUUAGAUAAAUGUAGAUCUCCUUGCUAUAACUCUAUACAUAGAUAUAUAUCAACUGUAACAUUCUUGUUACAAAAUUAUCUUUUCAUGACUUGGCUCUACACGGGUUUCUUACAUAACAUUUGUGUAUCGAUAUUUAAACCCUCUUAUUAUCUUAUUUAUCAAAUAGUAACUAUUGUAUUGCAAAUUAUGUUACAGCUUUAUGUAUUGUGUUAAAUGUAUGGUAUAUCAAUGAUUCAAUAUUACAUUUUUGAUAAAUAGCAUGAUGCUUAUGCUGUUAGGCUUGUCAGCCAGAACUUGUGAAAGAUAAAUAUGUUUUUUCCUUCAAAUGGUGAUAAUUAAUUUUAGAUUUGUUUAAUUUUGAAACGCACUUAAGUGUAUAUAUUCUACUGUUUUAAAGUCGAUCAUCAUACAUAUAUUAAUACUAUGAUCAAGUAUAUAGAUGUAUCAAUAUUGGUAAAUGACGUGUAAACAAUGCAUUUAUCAUCUUGACCUUGCACUGUCCGAAUUGAUGGACGUUUCUGAUAGAUUACAUAUGAACAGCUUUAUCUACAGGUUGUGGGUCCGGUACACUAGUCUACGACGACAAAUGGAAGAAACACGUUGUCUUUACUGUCGAACAUAGUCCGCUGACAUUGUACAGUUCGAAUCAUCUGUGCGCCUCAAAUAAUUCCGGGUGACAACCAUAUUAAAUAAUAAAUAAAAAGA